UUGAAUUGUUUUUGUGAUGCUUUUUGCUAGUUUUGUUUUUUGGUUGCUGUGCCCCAACUUCUAGUAUCAGUUUGGGAAUUGGAUUGACCUUUUAGGGUUUCGAGUGUUGUGACUUUUAUGUUUGUAUCUGUUUCUGUAGCAAGAGGUAUCGCAUUUUCGCUUAUGAAGGAUUUGAGGAUUGACCCCGGGCUUAAACGAUGGUAGUGUUUCAACCUUCAACUCUUCCUCCAAAAUAGCUCAUUAAUUAAUUAUAGAAUUAAUUUGCUAUGAUCUGUUUUUUCUGCCUCAAUGUAUUAUUGUAUGCUUGUGAGCAAAUUAUGUUUUCAGAAUUUCAUAAUGGGAGCUUUCAAGCCAGCGUGCAACAUUUCAAUUACAUUUUCAGAUGGGAAAACACGGAAACAGGUUCCAGUGAAGAAAGAGAAUGGUCAAACAGUAAUGGUUCCACUCUUCCAAAGUCAAGAGAAUGUAACUGGCAAGAUUACUGUUGAUCCAGUUUCAGGGAAGAAGGUAGAACACAACGGAAUCAAAGUUGAACUUCUUGGUCAAAUAGAAAUGUACUUUGACAGAGGCAAUUUCUAUGACUUCACGUCUUUGGUUCGUGAAUUGGAUGUACCUGGUGAAAUAUACGAAAGAAAAACAUUUCCAUUUGAGUUUUCAACUGUGGAAAUGCCAUAUGAGACAUAUAAUGGAGCAAAUGUGCGGCUUAGGUAUAUCCUAAAAGUGACAAUAACUCGCGGUUAUGCUGGUAGCAUUACAGAAUAUCAAGACUUUAUGGUUCGGAAUUAUACUCCUCCUCCUUCCAUCAACAACAGUAUCAAGAUGGAAGUUGGAAUUGAGGAUUGCCUUCACAUCGAGUUUGAGUACAACAAGAGCAAGUAUCAUCUAAAGGAUGUUAUUUUAGGCAAAAUAUACUUUCUUCUCGUCAGAAUCAAGAUAAAAAAUAUGGAUCUCGAGAUAAGGCGCAGAGAAUCAACAGGAUCGGGAUCUAAUACCCAUGUUGAGACCGAGACACUUGCUAAAUUUGAACUUAUGGAUGGUGCUCCUGUCAGAGGUGAAUCUAUUCCAAUUCGACUGUUCCUAAGUCCAUACGAGCUGACUCCGACGUAUAAAAACAUCAACAACAAAUUUAGUGUGAAGUACUACUUAAAUCUUGUACUUGUUGACGAAGAGGAUCGCCGUUAUUUCAAGCAACAGGAGAUUACAAUGUACCGCCUCGGAGAUACACACUGAAAGUGAUAUGGAGUCUUACUGCCUUGUCGACUCCCGUUAUCCAGUUUGUCACUUGCAUUCCUGAGAUCUUUCCCCCAAAGAACAAGGACAACUUUCAACUCUGUUUUAGGCCAAUAUUUGAUACAGAAUGUUUGCAUUUGUACAGUACAGAGAAACAAUAGUGUACAUGGAAUAUCUAUUCCUCUUGUUUGUCUUCCUUGCAUAUUUUGUAGAUUUAUUAUCGGAUCGACACAGUUGUGCUUUACCUGAACAUAUUCUUCUGUAUUCUGGUGAACCAUUUUGGUGCUGUGAUUUGAAUUCUUGUCCUUGCUAGGCUUUUGAGUUUGUUGUUCA